AUGUAUAGAUAUCAAUCGAGUGGAAGAUCGUUGACUUUAACACCAGAAUCACAUCGAUGGGCAGACAAAAUCGCAUAUCUAAAUGCUCAACAAUUAUAUUCAAAAAAUGCAGCUGAAUCAACACCUGCUCCACCGUUGUAUAACAAGUCGUUCUUCAAUAACUACCCUCCUAAUCCACCGAAGAAAGAUACAAAAAAUAUUAAAAAGAAGCUUUGCGCGACUUGGUAUGUUUAUCUUGCGCUUUUAUUAACGGGGAUGGUCUCGGCAUCUAUGGCUAUGAGUAUUUAUUCGCUGCUUUAUGUACAGAAAACAACAACUAUAGACGUACCGAUUGGUACAAUUGUUCUGUAUGGUGGUAAUGCACAACAACUUGUCGAAACGGAUAAUAAAUGGUUAUUUUGUGAUGGUUCUGCAGUAUCUCGAUCAACGUAUAGUGCAUUAUUUCUUGUUAUUGGCAUUACUUACGGAAUAGGCAAUGGCUUAAAUACUUUUAAUUUGCCUGAUUUUCGGGCUAGAUUUCCUUUAGGUAGUCUUGUGGCCAGCGACACUUCACUCAUCUCUGGUGGCAAUGCAUCACACACUUUAACUACAGCAGAAUUACCCACUCAUUAUCAUGAUCAAGAUUCACUUAUGACAAGCACAAUACCAGCUCAUUCCCAUGCUGUUAAUGAUCCAGGACACGAUCACGGUGGAUCAACAGGUUCCAGUACAACAUCCUACCUUUCUUUUGGUGGUGCUACUAUUCUUUUAUAUACUAGCUCUGGAUCUUAUUAUGCCACUUCUUCAACUCAUACACACACAAUAAGCACCGAUUACACAAAUAUUAACUUACAAGCGAAUGGAAAUCAUUCACAUACAAUAAAUGGAACAACAGGCUCAACAGGAAUGGGUCAAUCAUUCAAUGUAACGCCUCCUUAUCAAACAAUUCAUUGCAUUAUUCGAGCAAACUUAUAA